ACCUACUCUUUAUCGCACUCAACUUUUUAUCAACAACCAUUGGAAUACCUACAGCAUCAAUAGCAUAUUAUCACGGUAUUAUUAUACAUUUUCAGACUUUAAAAGUAAUUCAGUUCAAUUUGCUACGUUAAUUAGACUUAACGGCUAACUAGUUACUCACAUAAAUGCCUCUUAUUUCUCAUUUACGUUACUUAGUAGGUAGUGUUCAAUCAGAUUAUAAGUAAUAGGUACGUUUGAAAAUUGAAUUUGAAUUUACGUUGUUGUGACCUUCAAGAAUCACGGUCACCAUCGUACCAAGAAUUGGAGCCCUUCUGCCCUCUUGAACUUAUGUAGGUAGGUAUAUACCUACAUAAUUUAACCGCGCAUGUGCUAACUUCGGGCCUGCGCAGUUCCCAUUAAAGCCACCCAUCUGUCUUCUGUUUUUGUUACCUAAAUCUAAAUAUUCUAACCAGAAAAUAUUACAAACUGGCGUUUUAAUACUGAGUGAGGGCGCCAAUGGAUCCUCGGGUGUCAGGAUGAUGGUGGUUGCGCUCGGCUUGGGAUGGGUCACAUGAAAGUACACCGGCCAAUGGCGAAGAUUCGCAGGGACAAGAUUUGGUGGCGCUGGCGGUGCCAAUGGAGCAUAGUGACGAUCGCGGCGGUGGCGCUGGUCGUUUACAACGCGGCGGCCAACGUGUGGCUGCUGCGGCCGCCCGCCUGCCCCGCGCCCGCCACGCCGCCCGCCGCCGAGCCGCCGUCCUGCGAGCCCUGCCUCGACACGCAGAACCCAGCCCUAGACGACGAUCCCAUCGCCCGCUUGGACCUCCGCCUCGGCCGCUGGGACGGCUCGCGCUCCUACCGCAUGUUCGACUACGCCACCGUCGGCGACAUGUACGCCGAAAUCUCCAUGAACAGGCGCGUCUGCCUCGCCACCCAGAGCUCCAUCGAACGACUCCACGAGUUACUCCGGAUAGCGGCUCACUGGACCGGGCCCAUAUCCGUCGCGGUCUUCGUGGCCGGUGACGAAUUAAGACUGCUUCGAGCCUUCGCCACGUGGCUUUUCAGAUGCCAGCCGGACGUGUACUCCAGACUCGCGCUGCACGUCGCCACGUCGGCGGAGAGACCCGGGGUUCAGGGUGCGGUUCCGAACUGGGCGAGAGACUGUGAGGCUAAGCCGCUGCCGCCUGGAGAAAGGCGAGCAGACACUGUUGCAUGGAGAGCGAGGCACCCGUACCCUCAGAACCAUUUGCGGAAUCUUGCGCGGCGGAACUGCCAGACGCCUUACGUUUUCUUGGUGGACGUGGACAUAGUUCCCUCGAGGGGCAUGUCGGAGGCGCUGGAUAAAUUCCUGUCUACAGCGCCACGCUGCCCAUUGUGCGCCUAUGUAGUGCCGACGUACGAGUUGGACCGAAGAGUGGCCAAUUUCCCGGCCAACAAGUCGGAGCUGCUGCGGCUCUCCAAGAACAAGUUGGCGAUACCUUUCCAUAGGAAGGUGUUUAUUUAUAACCAGUAUGCUUCCAAUUUUUCUAGAUGGGAGGCGAGCGGCGGCAACGAGAGCCUGGAAACACACGUGAGCCACAACGUGACCAACUUCGAGCUGCUGUACGAGCCCUUCUACGUGGCGCCUGAUACUGUGCCACCACAUGAUGAGAGGUUCCUGGGCUACGGGUUCACCAGGAACACGCAGGUAUACGAAAUGUUCCUAAUCGGGUACCAGUUCAGGGUACUUUCGCCGAUCUUCACGAUCCACUGGGGACUGCAAGCUCGCAGGACGCGCCCUCUCUGGAGGGAGAAACAGAACGAAAAGAACAGAAAGCACUUCGAGACCUUCAAGAGGGAACUCUUCGCACGAUACCGGAGGGACCCCCUCCAUCUCAUCAGAAGACCGCCACAACCCGGCAAGAAAACCUAGGCAGCGCAGGGCCGCGCCACAAGUGUAGCCGGCCUGCUAACAAUCACUUUUGCUGUCCUGUUGUUUUGACAGUGAUGAUUAAACUGGACAAUAUUACAAUUAGGAAGACAAUACGCCAGAUGUGUCUGGUAGUGGACGUUUUAGUCGCCAGUGAUAUAUGUAUAUCUAGCUAUUUUUGUAACGGUUUGAAAUAGAACGCUGUGCGCUUGCCGGCUUGAGGAUAUAACGUGAUACUGUCAGCAGCAAUAUACCGAUUUCAAUUAUUUCAUAUUGUAUUUGAAUGAAAUUGAUAUAACGUUGCUGAGAUUACCAAAUGUUGGAACGAAAGUCUAGUUGGUUUAGUGCCUUUGCACCUUUGUUAAGUUUCAUAGAACCAAAUAAUAUUUUAGGCCAAUAUGAUGUGAAGUUGUUGUUUAUCACAGGAUUUCUUUCUUGAACCUUUUAUGGAUGAGACUGACUUGUCUGCUGAUAAAUUUUCACUAACAUUUACUUCAGUUCUGUAGGUUAUUAUGGUGUAUGAAACUGCACGUAAAUGUCGAAAUCGUAUCCAAAAAGGUACAUGAAAGAAUUUCUGAGCUUAUCAACAAUUUAUGCAUAAGUGACAAUGAAAAUUUUAAGAUAAUAUUAACUGAUAUUGGUCACAAAGGCGUUACUAAGUUGUUAUUACGGGCUACUCUUAGUUGUUUUUAGACAUAGUGACCCGUAGAUAUUGGAAUGUAUUGUGUUUAUAAAUGAUAUUAAACUAAUUUAAUUUCAUAGAAUAUUUUAUGCAAGUUUUUCUGCAAGCUAUGUCUAUUUAUAUAUUUUAUCUACCGCAAAAAUUAUGUAAUGGUUGAAGAAUUUGACCGAAGAAUACCUCAGUAAAAUAAAUAUGAAACCAAAACAUAAUAUAAAAGGCAUUUGUAUGAAUGAAGUAUAAUUAUAAUGUAAAUAUUAAGAGCUAAGUUUGUACAAAGAUCACAUCCCUAGAAUAAAUGUAUGAAUGAAUAGCUGAUAACAUUUUCGUCGAAGUAAUCAGUCAGAGUGAGCCAUAUUGUUACUCAAUACUGAAAUCUUAGUAACUUACAUAAUACAGCGUGUAAUUGAAUUAAUGAAAUAUUGAAAUUGAAAGUAGAAUUUACUUUCAGUCUAUCAAAAUUUCAAUCAUUACUGAAAUCAUCACAAUUUUUUAUCACAAAAAUGUAUAUUUUGAUGACUAGCAAAAGUAGAAAUGAGAGGUCUUGAUUAAUAUUCCACUGUCCGUUUCAUUACUGUAGGUAGACGCUCGUAGUCUCGUACUCAUUUAUAUUUACUUACAAUUACAUAAAUAUUUUGGCACGCAUAUUUGUGAGUAAGUUACAUAUUAGUCAAAUAUAUUGUUUUAGUAUUAAGUAAAUGCACAAAAAUUUGCAAGCACAAGAUGAUAUACGAAGUAUUUAAUGUAAUAUUGGUAAUGUUAAGUUUGAUGACGUAUGUAGAGUCAUUUAGAAUAACUUCAUAAAUAACCUUUCUUUCUGAGGAAUAUUUUAAUCGUAAAAUGAUGAUUUAAUAGUGGUAUUUGAUUUUUUAGUUUUUAAUUUUACUAGUUAAAGAAAACUUAUUGGACUUUUUGUCUAAAAUAUGAAAAAUGAUGUCGCUAUUGGUCUUAUGAAUUAAAUAUACUUACUUUAUAUCACAUUCAAAUAAUUUAUGAUAAGUAGGUACCUAUUAGGUACACGUCUUAUUUUAUUUUAUGCAUUUGUUUCUUUUUAAAUCAAUGUAACAUGUUACCAUAGUAUAAGUAAAGGGAGCA